AUGGAUUCUCAGUUAGAAGGUGACCGUAAACGUAAAGCUGAAGAUUCAACAGAAAUAAAGCAGGAAGAAACUCCUUUAAAGAAACCUCUAUUAGAAACAACAACGAUAACAACGACAACAACAGCGACUGCAACACCAAAUGAUCAAAACGAAAAUAAAGAUGUAGCAGAUGAAAUAAAAAAGGAAGAGCAACAAGAAUUAAAAGUAGAAAGCACUGAGCAAACUGUUAAAAAAUCUGAAAAUGCAUUAACAACUGUUGUUCCCUUUGAUCGCUUAAUUAUUCUUCAUAUAGAAGCUACUUGUGAUGAAAAUCUUACUAAUCCUGCUGCAGUACAAGUAACAAAAGAAAAUUCAGAGAUUAUUGAAAUUUCAUUUGUAGUAGUUGAUGCGUCCAAUAUGGAAAUCCUUCAUAAACAACAAAUUUAUGUCAAACCUGAACGUACUCCUCUCACACCCUUUUGCAGUGAAAUAACAGGUAUCAAGUCAAGUGUUUUAGAAACGGCUGGCACUCUUAAAGAUGCUAUUACUAAGUUUGAUGAAUAUAUUCAACAAGAAAUUGAGACGCCCAAAAAAUCUUUUUGUUUUGUAACUCAUGGAGGUUGGGCACUUCGUAUUCAAUUACCUCGAGAAUCUCGUGAUAAAAAUAUCACUUUGCCCAACUAUCUUGCCUAUUGUCGUAUGUUUGAUCUUAAACAGGAAAUUCAACGUUGGCAAGUACAUCAUCCUGAGGUUUCUCUCAGAUCGACCUCAGUACGUGAUCUUUGUGAAAUCUUUGACUUAUCCCGUGUUACAGAUUACACAGUUGGCCUUAACAAUGCCUUAACGACUGUUAACAUUUUACGUUACUUUUUAAGUUUUCACCACAAUGAUGUCUUUGUUCAUCCAAUUGAUACUGAGGCUGAUUUGAAGCAAUUUAAAAAGGAAGAAUCACGGGUAAUUCAUUUGGCAGGUUUACCAUUUGAAGUAACACAAGGUGAAUUAGAAGCUUGGUUUUCUUCGAAUGGACUUCGACCCACGACCAUGUGGAUGAUUCAGCCUACAGAUAAUGCUAAACCUAGCAUUUCUGGAUUUGUUGUCUUUCAACAGCAUGAUGAUGCUAUGCGUGCACUCACCUUGAAUGGACGUUGUUUGGGCGAUCGUCCAAUCGAAGUCUGUCCCAGUUCCUCUCGUGUCAUUGAUGCAGCAGGUAACAUGUUGGUUCCUUUCCCCUUACAAGCAAAGAGUCGACAAUUACGUCCUGGAGACUGGAAUUGUUCCAAUUGUGGCUUUCAUAACUUUGCCUCUCGUCUUUAUUGUUUCAAAUGUAAUAUAGAAAACCCUAACCCGGGACCACAGGCAGGUAUGGGACCACCUGCUCAAACGUUUGUCAUUGGUGAUUGGAUGUGUCCUAGCUGUAACUUUCAUAAUUAUUCAUCACGUAUACAAUGUAAAAAAUGUGGAGCGCCUAAACCAUCCAAGAUAUUUAAAGGGAAUAAAAAGCUUGUGAAUACACCACCCCCUUCCUCAGGACAUCACUAUCAUGGUAGUGGAGGCCCUUAUUAUGGACGACCCCAUCAUCCUAUUACCUUUAGACCUGGUGAUUGGUAUUGCCCUAAUACAGCAUGUGGAUUUCAAAACUUUGCUUCUCGUAGUACUUGUUUUAAAUGUCAUACACCUAAUCCCAAUCAACAACCACAAUAUAACAAUUAUUCUUCUUCCUCUGAGCAAAAUACACCACCGCAAGGAGUAACGACGAAUUAUCAUAAUGUGUCUGGAUAUUCAGGAAGUAAUACUAGUACUAAUAAUGGCAAUAAUAGUAGUAGUAAUAGUAGUGGCGGCGGCGGCGGCGGCGGCUAUGGCGGAAGUGGAAGUGGCAGUGGUGGUUAUGGGUAUAAUGGUGGACAAUCUAAUAAUAGUAGUGGUAAUAAUGGUUAUGGGUAUAAUAGUGGUGGAUACGGACAAUAUACUAGUGGAGGAUAUGCGGGUGUAGGUGUAGGAGGGUACUCGUAUAGUGGAGGAGGGUAUUCUUAUAGUGCAACAUCACAUCAAGUACCACCAUCUAAUAAUAGUGGACCACCCUUCAGAGCAGGAGAUUGGAUGUGUCCUUCUUGUAAUUCACAUAAUUUUGCUACAAGACAUCAAUGUCUUAAAUGUAGUACGUCUAAACCCUAUAAUCCAUCUGCUGCUGGAUAUAAUCCAGCCAUGUCUCCAAUGAAACGUAAGUAA